GUACUUCCUUUUCCUAAGCCCUGACGUAAUAGGUCGUCGACGAAGCGACGGGAAGGAUGGGAAAUGUGGCGGAAGCCUCCCGGUAGGCGCCUCCUGAGCCAAUAGGGAAGCGGGAAGCCUGCGGGCGCCCUCCGUGGUCUUGCCACCAACUCUAGGUUCUCUCGGCGCUGAGAAUUAUGGAUCCGAACUUGCUUCGUGAACGAGAGCUGUUCAAGAAACGAGCACUCUGUACUCCUGCUGUAGAAAAACGCCCAGCAGCCUCUUCUGAGUCGUCAUCAUCAAAGAAGAAGAAAACAAAAGUAGAACAGGGAGGAUCAUCAAGUUCAAAGCAAAAUGCAGAACACAGCAAUGGAUCUUUUAACUUGAAAGCCCUUUCUGGUGGCUCUGGUUACAAGUUUGGUGUUCUGGCAAAGAUAGUGAACUAUAUGAAGACAAGGCAUCAGCGUGGUGAUACACACCCACUAACUCUAGAAGAAAUACUGGAUGAAACUCAACAUCUAGACAUCGGACUAAAGCAAAAACAAUGGCUGAUGAGUGAGGCCCUUGUCAACAAUCCCAAAAUAGAAGUUGUAGAUGGGAAAUAUGCUUUCAAGCCUAAAUACAAUUUGAAAGAUAAAAAAGCUCUACUCAGACUCUUGGAUAAACAUGACCAGCGAGGCUUGGGAGGAAUACUUUUGGAAGACAUUGAGGAAGGACUGCCCAAUGCACAGAAAGCCAUAAAGGCUUUAGGGGACCAAAUCAUCUUUGUUACACGGCCUGAUAAGAAAAAAAUUCUUUUCUACAAUGAUAAGAGCUGCCAGUUUUCAGUGGAUGAAGAAUUUCAAAAACUGUGGAGGAGUGUUCCUGUGGAUUCCAUGGAUGAAGAAAAGAUAGAAGAGUAUCUGAAACGUCAGGGUAUUUCUUCCAUGCAAGAUGCAGGCCCAAAGAAAAUAGUGCCUAUUCAGAGGAGGAGGAAGCCUGCUUCUCAGAAGAAACGGAGAUUCAAGACUCACAAUGACCAUUUGGCUGGUGUAUUGAAGGACUACUCUGAUGUGGUUCCUAGCAAAUAGUGUCUUCUGGAACGAACUCUUUGAGAGCAUUGAUGCAGCUGUUCUGUUGCUCCAAAGGACAUGUGAUGUGGUUCUUCCCCAUCCCAGUCCUGAAGCAGACAGGAAGAAACAGCUGUUGAAAGUAAAGAUAAAGUAUUCAUCGACGUGCUUAUUUGUAUUUAACACAAACUUGGAUCAAGGGCAGCUUGCUCUUGGUAGGCUUUUGUUACUGGGGUAAACAUAUUUAGCAUGUAAUAUUAAGGUUCACGUUCUUGAAGAAAUCUUUGGGGUUUUGUGGGUAUUAUCUUCUAUUCAGCUGGUGUUGACUUAGAGAUAAAACCAAGUAUUUGUUUUAUCUAUGUCAUAAAAACCAGUUUAUAAUAAAAAAUAUUUCAGAAAAA